AUGGCGUCUGUUUGCGCAAGCGUAGUAGCAAUCAGUCGCGAUCCGUUAGCCAGUCACGAUCGGGUAGUGACAGUCGCAGUCAUAUUGAGAAAUAACACAGCAUCUUAAGCUGCUGACGGCUCCUCGCACCUGGUUGAUAAGUGAACAAGACAUCACUUGAGAUCCUCACCCGGAGAAGCACAAUCCCCCCCACGUUAAACAGGAGUCCGAGAUGCUGUAUAUCAAACUUGAGGCGGAGCCAGAGACUCCCAGCAUUAAAAGAGAAAAACAGGAAGACGACCUCACCACAUUUCCAUUGACUGUCAAUGUGAAGAGUGAAGAAGAUGAAGGUCCAAGCGAAGCGGGCAGAGCAGCGAAACCUUCGAGUGGCAGCUCAUUUCAACACCUGACAACAAAAGACAUCACACUGCAAGAACUUCACCCUGAGAAGCACAAUCCCGCCCACGUCAAACAGGAGCAGGAGUCUGAGAUGACUCAUAUCAAACAGGAGGUGGAGCCAGAGACCAUUAAAGAAGAACAUGAAGACGAAAUCACAUUUCCAUUGACUGUCAUUGUGAAGGGCGAAGAAGAUGAAGAUCCAAGCGAAGAGCAGAGAAGAGAUGUGGACUUUGACCAAAAGUGUUCAAAAUCCUUAAACCAAUCAUCAUUGAAAAGAGAGACGAAAGAAUACGUGGGUGCGAAACCUUUUGCCUGCUCACUUUGCGAUAAAAGAUAUUGUCUGAAGCAACAGUUAACAAGACACAAACGGACACACACUGGAGGGAAGCCUUUUGUCUGCUCACUUUGCGAGAAAAGAUUUUGUACGAGGCAAGAGUUAACAAGACACAUGCUAAGACACACUGGAGCAAAGCCAUUUGCUUGCUCAGUUUGUGGUAAAAGAUUCACCCAGAAGGGACAUUUAAACAUACACAUAAAAACACACACUGGAGAAAAGGCUUUUGACUGCUUACGUUGCGAUAAACGGUUUUCUCGAAGGCAAGACGUAACAAGACACAUGCGAACACACACUGGAGAGAAGCCAUUUGCCUGCGAAUUUUGCGAUAAAAGAUUUUCUCAGAAGAAUAAUUUCGAAAGACACACACGUACACACACUGAAGAAAAGCAUUUUGCCUGCACGCUUUGCGAUAAAAUAUUUUCUCGGGAGAAUCGUUUCAAAAUGCAUAAGUGUACACACACUAGAGAAAAGCAUUUCGCCUGCAGACUUUGCGAUAUAAGAUUUACCACGAAGCAGGGGUUAACAAGACACAGCCGUACAUGCACCGGAGACAAACUUUUCCCCUGCUCACUUUGUGAUAAAAAAUUCACUGAGAAGGGAAAUUUAAAGAAACACACAAUGACACACACUGGAGAAAAGCCUUUUGUCUGCUCAGUUUGCGGUAAAAGAUACACCGAGAAAGGAAAUUUAAAAAUACAUAUGAGAACACACACUGGAGAGAAGCCUUUUGCCUGCUCACUUUGCGAUAAAAGGUUUUGUUCGAGGCAAAAGUUAACAAGCCAUGUGCGAACACACACUGGAGAAAAACCUUUUGCCUGCUCAGUUUGCGAUAACCGAUUUUCUCGGAAGCAAGAGUUAAAAAGACACACGUAUACACACACUGGAGAAAAGCCUUUUCUCUGCUCAGUUUGCGGUGAAAGAUUCAUUCGCAAAGGACGUUUAGAAUCGCACAUAAGAAGCCACAUUGAGGAAAAAGAUUUCACUUGCAGUGUCUGACAAAAUAUUCAGGUUUCUAUCACGUAUUUACAGUGGGAAAAGUAUUUAAAAUUUAUAAUUCCAUUUCCCUUGCAUUUCUUUUGAAAAAAUAAAGCAAUUAUUUUGCAAGGCCUUUUUUUCCCAGACCAAUUCAAUAUUCUUGGUACCUUUCAUUUGAAUGAAUUGGGCUGCUUGCUUCUCUUGUUGUUGAGGUUGUUUCAGAUCUUACUGCUUUUCGCUAUUUUACUUAUGAAUGUGCGCAUCUGAAAUACUUUGACGCUGCUCUUCCCUUUGUUGUUGCUCAAUUUCCAACAUUAUUUCAAUUGUUUCAGGGAAGAUGUCAUUUUCAUCUUGUGCAUUGUAAUAUUUUCCAAGAUGAUUACCGUAAUUUCCCGAAUAAAACGCACACUUUUUCCCCCCCAAAAUGAACUUGUAAAAUCAUGGUGCGCAUUAUAAACCGGUACAUGGAU